AUGCGGCUGGAGCUGGAGACCUGGCCAACGGCCAGGCCGAGCACGGGCAUCACCGUCUGCGUGCACAGGUACUUCAACAAGCUGAGCCAGCACUUCUCGACAGGAGCCGCGAUCGCGGCCGGCCCCAGCGAGCCCAUGAUGCUGCCGGAUAUCAUCCUGGUGAUCGCGAUCACGUCUGGGACCAUGGAGGCUGACGGACUCGCAGCGGCCCCCGAGGUCGUCAUGGACGAGAACGAAUUGGAGAGGAGGGCCAUGGCGCAUGAGGAGGUCCUGGAGGCGCAGAUGAUGCUAACGCUUUCGGCCCGCACCGAGGCGAUGACCGCCCGCGCGACCGACAUCGCUCGAGCAGAGCAGGCUGAGAUGAGGGAUGAGCUUGUCGGCGCGCUCAUGCGCGCCGAGGCUCAGCAGGACUCCGUCCGCUCCGAGUACGCGGCGCGCCUCUUGGAUGCUGAGCAGCACCUCGACGCCGCAGCAAGGCAGAGGAUCAACGACGUCGUGGAGACGGAGGCCGAGGAGCUCAUCGCUGCCGGCCGCCGCAUGCAUGACGAGCUGGCCGCCCGCACUGCCCAGUUGAAUGUGGCCAACCUGGUCCAUCUUGGACAGCUCCGGGAGGUCAGUGAGCAGGCCGAGUCUUCGAUUCGGGCUGCGAGGCGGGCCGAGGCCGAGGUGAACGCCAACCCCGAGUCCGCCAUCAACUCACUCAAGGCGGAGGCGCUCCAGGCCAUCACCGAUGCCCAGGGCGCGGCGGCGGCAGCUCGGGACGCCGAGCAAGCUGCCCAUCGCGCGGAGUCCCGGCAGGCGCUCCGCCUCCGCCAAGCCGAGUCUCGAUUGCACUUGGAGGCCUCCGCGGUCUCUGAGCUCCGCGCGCAGCGCGCUGAGGCAGCUGGGCUCUGUGCCCAGGUCGUGGUCCGAGCGGCCAAGCUGGCGGACUACGAGCGGGAUUUCGCUGCCCUUCGAGCUGGCUCAUGGUCGAGACCCGAGCCGCCGAAGCCGAGGGGCAGGUGGCUCGCGCAGAAUUCCAGUGCGCUGCCAACUGGCGCGCGCCGGCGGAGGCCUCUGAGCGCCGACGUAGCCCGCCGCCUGGACUUGAAGCGCGUCGCCAAGUUCCUGCAGUUGGUGAAGGUGGUGCUCCUCCCCGUGAGCCGCAAGCUGGCGCGGGAGCUUGGCCUGCUACUCAUCCCGAACGUCUUCUUGGAGACCAAGCCCGGGCUGCCGGCGCACAUGCGCUCUGCGUCGCUUUCUUCGUCCAGUGAUGAGGGCGACAUUCGGCGGAGGAAGGGCGCGGUGAAGGAGCUGAAGCUCGACCCGAGCCCGCAGGCUUCUGGGCCACGGCGAAGGAUCCAGAGCUUGUGCUCGAAGGUCUGCGCGGCCUCCAAGCGCUCUAAGCGCAGAACCCUCCGCUGGCUGCAGCUGGCUGAGGACCCGGCGGUCACCUGGGAGCGGCUCGAGCACCUCUCGUCCGUCCAGCGCAAGUGGGGCGACUUGGACACAGCGCUGGCCGACUCCACCUUGCAGUUUGCCACCGUUUCCCUCGAGCGCCAGCUCUUGACCUACCAGGGGCAGUUGACGGCGAGGGGGCACCCCCUUUCGGGUCGAUGUGCGCUCAAGAUGUUCUUCGAGCAGUUCCGCAUCGAGUCCGGCCAGAAGUCGAGCAUCGACGUCACCACGUUCGUGAACUUGAGGUUCCACGGCGACUUGGAGGCGUACCUGGACAUGCUGGACUACAUCCUGAUGGGCCUCACCCGGCAGCCAGACGAGGAGCUCAUCGUGGCAAUCGUCGAGCCGCAGCUUCGACUAUGCCGUGACCUCGCACCGACCUUCGUCGCCUUCGACGGCGCCGAGGAGGGCUCCGAGGAGCGCGCUAUCUCUUGGCCAUACAACCGCGCCUGGCGCGAGGUGGCCAGGGAGAAGCGAGUGGCGGCCUCCAAGCAGCUCCAGGACGCAGUGCCCAAGAAGAUCGCCGCCCCAGGAGCUGGCAAAGGUGGCAAGGGGGACACCGGCAAGGGCAAGGCUGCCGAGAAGAAGAAGAAGGCUGCAGAGAAGAAGAAGGCCUCUGCGGCCGCAGGCAGGCCCGACGUGGCCCAGGACAAGCCCCUGUGCGCCGCCUUCCAGAAGUCCGGCAAGUGCGACAAGGGCGACAAGUGCGAGUUCAGGCACGCGCCCAAGGCCACCGCGAAGGCGGCUCCAGCCAGAGUGGCUCGCCAUGCCGAUGAGGCCGCUGGCGCUACUGGAGUCGCCAUGCCGAGUGCCACCGAUAACGACGCUGAGUGGGCCGUGGCCGACACGGGCGUUGGUGACGACCUACUCGGCGCCCAGACCGCGGUGCAGUUCGGCGACGCCCACCACAGGACCGACCUCCACCAGCUCGCCACUGCGAACGGGACCAUCGCGCCCGACACCACCGCAGUUGUCGGCCUGGAGCGGCUCGGCGAGGACACUGAGGCAGUCGUCCUGCCAGGCAGAAUCAACGCGCUGUCCAUCGGCAGGCGUUGCGCCGAGUACGGGUACACGUUCACUUGGAAUCCGUUCGAGGACAAGCCCGUGCGGCUCGCCCCUGACGGGACCCCCCUCGACGUGAGGGUUGACCACUACGUGCCCAUGGUGGUGGCGGUGGCCCCCGAGACCGCAGGCCUGGGCGACGACAUCUGGAUCGCCGGCGACCCGUCCAUCGUGGGCGGUCUGACAACUUACGACCAGCAGAUCGACCCCGACGAGAUCCCUCUCAAGUGCGGCGAGUGCCUGCCCGACGACGCCAUGGACGCCACCUUCCGCAACGACCCGCUGUCCAGGGGGAGUUCGGCGCCCUUGCCCAUGGACCACGUCGAGAUGGAGCGCGGCAGCGACGCCCGCAGGGCCGCGCCCUACGCGCUCAACAUCACCGAUGAGGGCACGGGCUUGUUUUCGAGCUACCCGGCGGUCCGCCGCGACGCCAGCGCAGUGUUGGACAGCGUCAGGCGCUUCGAGGACACGCCCGAGAAGAUCAAGCGCUGGUGGGGCGACCACGUUCCCGAGUUUCGCGCUGCCGCCAGGCAGAUUCGCGAGCAGCGCACUCUAGCGCGCUACCGGUCGACGCCGUACCGGCCACAGGCCAACGGCAAGGCGGAGCGCAUGAACCGCCUCAGCGUCGAGGGCACGCGUGCGCUGCUCCACCAGUCCGGCUUCUCCGAGAGCUGGUGGCCGCUGGCGAUUCGAGCGUGGGCCACCGCCUACAACGUUUGGGAACGAGCACCAUGCACCGUGUUCCCCUUCGGCGGCCUGGUGACCUACCGCCCGCCGGCCGGCUCCAAGACCACCAAGGCGGAGCUGAAGCACCUGGGCUCGACCAAAUGGAAGAGCAGGCUCGUCCCCGCCGUCUUCGUGGGCGUCGCCGCCGGCCCCGGCGAGACUUGGGCAAAGUCUUACCUCGUGGUGCCCUUGGCUGCGAUCAUGGACGACGGCCGCGCUUCGCGCGUCAGCGUGCGCACGGUGACCGACGUGGUCUUCCCCGACCAGCCCGCGUUCCCGCUCAAGCAGCGCUUGAUGGCCCACGGCGCUUUCGAGGACCUGAACCUCCCAGCGCCGAUCGCCUCCGACGACAUCGGAGCCCCGGGUGAGCUCAUCGUCACGGAGGACGCCUGCGAGGACGACGCCGAGCGGUACGACCUCACCUUCGACGGCGACCUGUCCGAGAAUGCCCCGCACUACUCGCGGAAGAAGCGCGUGAUGGACAUCAUGAUGGCCCUCGACCCGGACUCCCCUACCGUGCCGGUCUCGCCGGUGCCGGAGCUAGCCGCCGAGCCGGCCCCGGAGGCCUCUGCUCCGCCGCCUCGCGGAAGCGGACGCCGGCCGCUGCCGCCCAUCGACGCUCCGCUGAGCAUCAAGGCGACCUUGCAGUGGAACAACCGGGUGCUCGACGUCGCGUGCCCGGAUGCUGGUGGUCUCCGUGCUGACGCAGUCCGCGCGCAGGUCGCAGCUUCGCCCCACGUGGGUUUGGACCCGCAGGAGCUCGUCGUGAACCGCCUGAGUCGGCACGCCUGGGUCCCCGUGAAGACCAGCUACGUCUUUCGGCCUGGCUCCCUGUGCCUGGUCGAGUUGAAGGCGGGCGCUGCCCCCCCGACUCCGGCCGACGACCCCAAGGAAGACUUUUGGGAGCGGGAGGAUGGCCUGUGGCACCGGGUCCACGUAGUCCCGCGCGUGGCCAUGUUCACCCCGAUCGACGUUGAUGGAGCUCCCGACGCAGACGAGCUCGGAGGAUGGCGAUUGACUAAGGUGGACUACCACAACGGCCAGUCCGACCUCAUAGAAGACGAUUGGCUUCGGGAUCCGAGCCCUCAUCGUCCACUCCAUGCCCGAUGGACUGGCAGGACCACUUUCGGCCCCAAGGACCAGGAGGAGAUCGACGCGGAGGGGGGCAAUUUCCUCGGAUCUCUGGCGCCUCCCCCAGCGCCCGUGGAUGCAGACCUUGCUGAGCUUGCACAGCCGGCGCCUGUCGCUGCCAUCGACGCCGAGGUGGUCCCUGGACCAGAUCGCGCUCCCCCGGCCGGCUGGGGGCGAGACGACUUCGGCGCGGACGGCGUCGUCCGCGGAUCUGUCUGGGCGCCGCCGUGGUCCACCCGCCCGCCGGCCUUCGAGCCCGAGGUAUGGAUGUCCCUGAAUGCGGCCAACCGGUUAGCUGCCAGGAACGCUUGGAAAGCCGACGACCCUGUCGGCUCCGCGGCCCAGGAAGCUAGGCGGAAGGCCUGGGCAGAGCACAAGUCCAAGAAGGCCAAGCCCGCAGGUCCUGCGCCUCGCGUGCUCUGCAGCUGCACUGGCUUCGUCGGUGGCGACCUCGAGUCUGACUACGUUGGCGCCCCUGGCGCCAGGCCGUCCAUGCCUGCUCGCCGUUCCGUUGAGGCUGCCCUUCCUCCACAAGGGCCCGCGGCGCCCGCUGACCCCAGCGACGCCGGCAGGGUGCUCGCCCCGAAGUCCAAGGGCCAGCUGUGCCAGCAGGCGUUUCCUGCGAUCUUGAGUGGCGACUUUGACGAGUUGUUCAUCGAGCUUUGUUGCACGGAGAACUCCAAGCUCUCGGAGCACGCCCCGAGGCGCACCCUGGCGACCCGAGUGACCACCGACCUCGAUUUCACGGACACCGCCGUCCUCAAGCACCUAAAGCACUUGGCCAGAUCGGCACGCAAGCACAAGGUGCGGGUUGCGGUCUGGAGCGCUAUCCCUUGCACGGCCGGUUGCCCGUGGAAGCACGUCAACGAGUCCAAGGGCAUCAAGGCUGGCGACCCCGAGCUCACCGAGAAGUUGAUCUCGCACGGAGUGGCGCUUUGCAGGCACGUCCGCAACAUGGGCCAGCUUUUGUUUGGGAAUGGCCGACCACUUCCGACCUGUGGGCGCACCCUGCAGUUCAGGCGCUGCGCCAUGGGGCUGACGAGGGCGACGGCUUCAUCGCCCACUAGCAAGGUGGUGUGGACUCGAAAGAAGUGGUGUAUCUACUCCACCGACGCGCACGUCCGCACGGCGUUCAGCGCGUUCACCUCCGACCCGCACGAGGACCAGAAGGAGUUCGUGUGGUGCCGGGGUAAGUUCGCCAAGGAAUCCGCCAUCUACACGGACACGUUCGCGCGAACUUUCUGGCUUGCCAGGGGCGUGGUAAGUCGACCGGCCGCGCCAGGUCCGAGGUUCAGGAGCUUCUUCAAGGGCUGCGCCCCCGAGGCCUCUGGCGCCGACCACCGUGGCCACGACGCCUCGGCGCCGCCUUCGAGGCCAUUCUGGUGCGCCAUGGUCACGCGAGUCGUGAAACCCAGGGGCCCCGAGGCCAAUUGCGACGAAGCCCGCGCCGCCAUCGCCAAAGAGAGGUCCAGAAUGCAUGACAAAGGAGUGUGGGAUGAGAGCGAUGUGCACUCCUUGAGGGACCUCCUCCGCGACCCGAAGUUGGCUGAGGCCAUGUUUGGCCGGGUCUUCGCGAUCUUGGGGAUCAAGGGCGAAGAGCUCAGCAAGGAGCACCAGCAGUUGAAGGCCCGCGCGGUCUUCCAGGGGUCCAACGUCCGGACCAAAACCGGGAGCUCGGCCGCGGAACUCUUCGAAGAGGUCGCCGACGCUCCUGCCUCUUUCGCCGCGGGUCGCGCGGCGAUUGCCGCUGGAGUCCUCAAGGGUUUCGACAACAAGCUCCGUGAUGCGGAGUCGGCCUACCUGCAGGCGCCCAUCGACUCGACGAGCCGGGUGCCGACCUUCGUCGAGUUGCCCGAGGCGCGGUGGCCGGACUCCUGGUGCUUCGACGGCAGCGCCCGCAAGAAGCCGAAGUACACCAGGCCGCAUUGCAGGCUCAUCAAGGCCCUCUACGGCCACCCUGAGGCCGGCGCGCUCUGGGAGGCGAAACUCGACUCCAUCUUGCGCCAGCGACUUUGGGGGGAGCUGGAGAAGCACGUGUCGUUCAAGGAGCCGGAGGCGGACCUUGACAGGUACGUGGGGGCGCAUUACGACACCCCCCAGUACGAUUCCAGGCGCCCGCACGCGCCGCGCCCGCUCGUCACGAACAUGAGCGACUACGUGAAGAACGCCGUCAAGAAGUUCGUGGAGGACGUGGCCAGGACCGCGCCCCAGAUGCGCCUCGGCAAGGUGACCAGCCCUUUCGUGUCGCCCGAGCAGUGGGCGGACCCUGGUGCCAUGCCGGGAGCCUUUGCGACGACCGCCGCAAGCUAUGUCGCCACUGUGUUUUUCCUCAGCCGGGUGGCGCGACCUGACAUCUCGGUCGCGGUGCAGCGGUUGUGCCCGCAUGUGACCAAGUGGUCAACCACCCACGACGUCGCGGUCGUGAGGAGCUCCGAUGCGGAUUGGGCCGGCGACGCGGAGACGACGCGCUCCACCAGCGGCCUCUUCCUCGAGCUCUUCGCGCCGACUUCUGAGCAUAGUUGGCCUCUGAGCUGGGCCAGCCAGACACAGACGGCGACGUCUUCGGCGACCGCGGAGUCCGAGACGCUGGCGAUGUCCAAGAACGUCCGCAUGGACGCGCUCCCCAUGGCCGACAUGCUGGCCAAGAUGGGCGCGAAAACGAACAUCGUCGUGCUGGUGGACAACACGCAGGCCAUUGCGGCCGUUGAGCGCGGAUAUUCCAAGAAGCUCCGGCACUUGGAGCGCGCUCACAAGUGCGCGAUCUCCGUCGUCCACGAGCUCUGGAAGGACGGCGAGAUCGAGGUCGAGCACCGCCCGACGGCAACCCACAAGGGCGACGGGUUCACCAUGGCGCUGCUGCCGGCCAAGUUCAUUCAGGCCCGGGAGCUCAUGAACAUCAG